ACAUCUAAAUCGAUUGUCAAAAUGUGAAAUUCGUAGGAUGAGCGAUAAUGAUAAACCUUCUAAAUCAAAAGACGAAAACGCAGCAAACCAACCGAGUACUUCAAAAGAUAGCGAAGAAAUUUUAUUGGAAUCUACAAAACCAGCCCAUAAUUCAAUAACAUUAAAAAAAAACUUUCGUAUUGGAAAGCACGAUAAAUCUUUUGCACACUCAAGUAAAAAUGAUACUCAGCAAGAUCCACAAAGUUCCAACGAUAGCAAGAGUAUCAUUGCGAAUACAACGUUCGAUGAGAUUUUGGCGAGGUGUGAGCACACUUACAAAGAGAAACAGAUUUCGGUAUUGUUACCAAGUCAAUUCGACUCGAUGACGUCUUCCGUACGAACGUUAAGGCAAUCGCAAUCAUGUUUUUCAAAUACCGCGUUAAAAUGUUUUCUACUUCAAAGUAUGUCCCAUCUUUCCGAAGUGCCGAAUUUUGAAAAGAAAUGGGAUGCGAGAUUUUCAACUCGGGAUUUUUUACCAAAAAUCGACACAGCUACCCAAAGUACUCCGCCGGAACCGGUAACUAUAGAAAACGCGACCGGAAUAUAUUCGCGUGAUGCAGUUGCAGAAACAACUUCGGCGGAAGUUCAAAUUAGUCCUUCACUUAUCCCACCAAGACCUAUCGUUGGAGAGCCACCUUUGGAAGGAGCCCCACCAUCAUAUUCAGCAGUUAUGAGAAUAGGACCAAGUAGAACAUCUCAUAGAAGACUUUUUGGAAGAAGAGCUGAUGCUUUAGAACCUUCUGCCCCAUUUAUUAGUCCCGCCCCACCGCCAACUUACGCCGAAGCUCAAGGGCAUUAUUAUCGACCGGUUCUUGUGGACUCAGGUAAUCUUUUAUGGGGUCCGGAUCCUAUGCCAGCCGCUUGUCAAAGAUGUGGUACCUACAUAAUCACGCAAACCACCAACCAACGAUCGAAUAUGACUCAUUUCGCUGCUUUAGCACUUUGUAUUUGUGGAUGUUGGCCGUGUUGUCUUUUACCGUAUUGUAUGAACAGUUGCAAAAACACGUAUCAUUAUUGUCCGAAUUGUAAUAGUUAUUUGGGAAUGUAUAGACCAUGGUAAUUUAAAAAAAAAUGUUGAUAUCGAGUUUUAAGGAUUUCAAUAAUUAUUAUGUGCUGGUUAAUAAUAAAGUGUUUUAAUGUAUUAAAUUGUAUAAGUAAAAAUUAUAGAAA